GAAACGACGUGUCGUUUACAUGCAGACAAAAUCUAGAAGGCGCGAGACUCAACUAGACUUCACUUCCAACAUCUCUGCAACAUAAAAACAUCCCAAAGAUUCGAUUAUUACGUUGGCCCAAACACAAAGAUUCAAACUUUGGCGCAAGAAAAAACACUUCCCCACUCCCAGUUAUCAUCAUCGUCUCCAACAAUCAUCUGCAACUAUUCUGAAUCGUAUAUUAUUUGUUCAAUUAUGGCUACUGCUUCAGUUGCAUUCAAAUCAAGGGAGGAUCAUAGGAAGAAACUUGAAUUGGAGGAAGCUCGUAAAGCUGGACUUGCACCAGCAGAGGUUGAUGAAGAUGGGAAAGAGAUUAAUCCUCAUAUUCCUCAGUAUAUGUCAUCUGCACCUUGGUAUAUUAACUCUCAGAGACCGACUUUAAAACAUCAGAAGAAAUGGAAAUCGGAUCCAAAUUAUACUAAGUCUUGGUAUGAUAGAGGAGCUAAGAUAUUUCAAGCUGAGAAAUACAGAAAAGGUGCUUGUGAGAAUUGCGGGGCUAUGACCCACGAAGCAAAGUUCUGUGUGGAAAGGCCGCGAAUAAAAGGAGCAAAAUGGACUAACAUGUCUAUAGCACCCGAUGAGAAGAUUGAGACGUUCGAGUUGGAUUAUGAUGGGAAACGUGACAGAUGGAAUGGUUAUGAUGCAUCAGCCUAUGCUCGUGUUAUUGAGAAAUAUGAGGCAAGAGAUGAAGCCCGGAGGAAAUAUUUGAAAGAACAACAACUGAAAAAGUUGGAGGAGAAAAAUAAUAAGUCAGAUGAAGAGGGUGCAAGCAGUGAUGAUGAAUUUGAAGAUGGUCUGAAAGUUGAUGAGGCGAAAAUUGAUGAGUCCAAACAAAUGGACUUUGCUAAAGUGGAGAAGCGUAGACGUACAACUGGUGGUGGAAGCACUGGAACGGUUAGGAAUUUGCGAAUUCGUGAGGAUGUCGCUAAAUAUCUUUUAAAUCUCGAUGUAAAUUCUGCUUAUUAUGAUCCUAAAACACGGUCCAUGAGAGAGGAUCCUCUUCCUGAUGCUGACCCGAAUGAGAAGUUUUAUGGAGGCGAUAACCGGUAUAGAACGAGUGGACAAGCGUUGGAGUUCAAACAACUUAAUUUACAUGCAUGGGAAGCAUUUGAAAAGGGCCAGGAUAUCCACAUGCAAGCUGCUCCAUCUCAAGCUGAACUUCUGUAUAAGAACUAUAAGGCCAUUAAGGAGAAGUUGAAGUCACAAAUGAAAAACACCAUAAUGGAGAAGUAUGGUAAUGCUGCAAGCGAAGAAGAACUUCCGAGGGAGCUUCUCUUGGGACAAAGUGAGAAAGAAGUAGAAUAUGAUCGGACAGGAAGAAUCGUAAAAGGCAUGGAAGCAUUUGUUCCCAGAAGCAAAUACGAAGAAGAUGUUUAUAUCAAUAACCACACCAGUGUUUGGGGUUCUUGGUGGAAAGAUCACCAAUGGGGCUAUAAAUGCUGUAAACAAACAGUAAAGAACAGCUAUUGCACCGGCUCAGCUGGAAUCGAGGCUGCUGAAGCAGUGGCAGACUUGAUGAAAGCCAACAUUGAUCGGAAAGCGGCUUCUGAAGAGACAACUGCUCCAACUGAUGAGAAAAAUCUUGCUACAUGGGGAAGUGAUGUACCUAAUGACUUGAUCUUAAACCAGAAAAAACUUGCUGAAGCUCUUAAGAAGGAGGAUGAAAGAAAGAAGGAAGAGAAAGAUGAAAGAAAACGCAAGUAUAAUGUUAGCUGGAACGACGAGGUUACUGGAGAGGAAAUGGAGGCAUACCGAAUGAAGAAGGUUCAUCACGACGAUCCCAUGAAGGAUUUUCUGCACUGAUAUGUUGGCAACCAAUAUCGUCUUAGCAGAAAAAGGAACUCAUUCUUAUCAAUGGUUUUUCAUACCUUAUUGGCAUGUGUUAAUAUACAUUAUUGUUACUGUAAAUUUGUGGUAAUAAAAACUUUGUUUUUUU